UUAUUGUAUACUUUCUUACUCUCACACAACUCUAAAUUUGAUUACUCUGACUCAGGCUGCAAGAGAGGAAACACUCUCUUCGCCCGAGGCUUCUCCACAACCUGCCCGAGAGAAAAAAUUUUCCCCCUCCCAGACCAAUCCUGCUGAGGCUGGCGCAUCUGCCUCCUUGCCUAGUCAUGGACCUCCUCUGAGAUCUAUGACUUCUUCUACUGCUCUGGAUGCGACCCCUUCUUCUCAAUUUGAUCCGUCCACCGGAGUUAUGCUACACUUCGUGGAUGAGGAUGAUCCCUUGCCGUCCCCAGUAUAUGAGCCACCUCCCUCACUAGUGGUCUCGAAUAAGGAACCCAUAGUUCCUGAGAUCCCUGUUACUUCAGAUGCAGCAAUUCCACAGGCGUUUGCUUGCCCGAUAGUUGAUGAACCUUCUUCUCCUCCCCAAGAUCAGACUCAGGAUGCAGGCACAGGUUCAGGCGCAGCUCUUUCCUCUCCUGCUAGCAGUGAAGAAUCUUCACCCCAACAAGGAGUUGGUACAUUCUCUGGUGAAACUCCGGGGCUGACCCAUCAAGCUUCAAAAGAAACUUCCCCUCCUCCAUUGGCUCGUAAAUCAAAGCGCACCCAUCCUCAUUCAUCUUCUGGAGGUAUUGAUACUUCCCCUCUGGAGUUGAACAGACUAAACAGGCAGAGAUUGCCCCCUCAAUAGGCAUUGUCUCAUCGGAGGGAAUUGUCACGCCGGACCCUCCUCCUUUCCCAUCCUCUGAUCUUGCCAAGUUGCCCAAACUCUUUGAAGCGCUCGGGCGACUUGAGACGCGGUUGAAAUCUUCAACGCAGCCUUCAGCAACCUCCAUGUCCUCAGAGCAACAUCGAAUCUUUCAGGAAUGGGCAAAGAAAGAAUUCACCGCGUCAUUUAGUCUCAAGGCUCUUUGUGAUCUUGAGAAGGUCAUAACUGAAUUUUUCAAAACCGGUCGUUUGUCCAAGCCUCAGCAUGAUUCUU